UCACAUUAAAGAAGGAAAGGAGGAUGAGAGAAGAUUUGGGGAAGGAAAUAUUUAUUAUCACCAAAUUUUGUUCCCUGCAAGAGAAGAGAGAGAAGUUGUUGGGUUGGGUUGGAUUAUCUACCUUUUUCCUAUGCUUAUAAGGCACAAAUCCUUCUCCCUCCCCUCUUCUUCCUUCUUCUCCUGACCCUUUUUAUUCCUUUCCUUUACCCAGGGAAGGAAACAAAGAGGAACACCUAUAUUCUUAUUCAUAUUUCUGUAAUUAUUUAUAUUAUACUUAUAACUUUUAUUAUUGUUCCUCAUCCAUGGAUUCGUCUUGUCUCUCCAACGAUUUAGUUUCUGGAUUCAAAGACAAGGAGUCAAUGGUUGACCCCUUUUUGGUCGAGGCUCUCCAGAACCCUCGUCACCGCCUCACCAUUUUGCGGAUGGAGCUUGACAUCCAGAGGUUUAUGAAUAAUGCUGACCAGCAGCAUUUUGAAUUUCCACAUUUCCCCUCUUCCUAUCUCCGGCUAGCUGCACAUCGUGUUGCUCAACACUACAAUAUGCAAACAAUGGUUCAAGAUAAUAGCAUAGACGGCCAGGGAAGUAAAAUUCUGGUGAGAAAGUUACCAGAAAGCAAGUAUCCUGUGAUUCGAUUAUCCGAAAUACCUGCAAAGCAGUUGGAAAAUGAUAGAUCUGAGCAGAAAAAAAUUGUUAUUAGACCUAGACCUAAUAAAACUAGUUUGAAUGAAGGCAACGGUGUUGGGAUGAAAGGAAAUCCUGUAAGAAGCGUGGAAGAGAGGAAGGAAGAAUAUGACCGGGCACGGGCACGUAUCUUUAGUAGCUCUAGAAGCUUUGACUCAGGUGAUACCUCAUCCAUGGUUCCAGUGGAUGGUAGAAAUUCUUUUACUAGCAAGGAUGAAAGUGAAACUAGCAAGCAACCUGUGGUUGAUUCUGAAAGAAACAUUAGUGUAAGGGAUAAUUGUGCUACUCGAGUUGCCAUAUUCAGGGAUAGGGAAAAGGAUCGUAGUGAUCCAGAUUAUGACCGUAAUUAUGGAAGGUAUGCUAGGAGUAUUCCAACAUCUGCUGUUAACAUGGUGCCAUUUAAUUUGCAAAAAGCUCAACCUUCAUUUCCUCAGUAUGACGCUACAUUUAAUCAAUUGGGUCAGAUGUCACAAAAUCGAGCCUCUCUUGGCUAUGUACCUCCUUCAACCCCGAUAAUGAGUCCCUUUUGCACCACAGGAUUGAAUCAGACAUCUGGGGAUGGUGCUUACCUACAGUGGCCUAGUGCUGCUAUGAUGUAUGCACAUUCAUAUGACCAAUUUAGACAUGCUGUUUUCCAGGCUCCAUUUGGUCAACAGCCGCUGAGCUUUGACUAUUCACAGAACUAUUAGAUGACAUUUAGGGGAGAAUAUUUGAUUUGGAUGCAAAAGUUAUGUUAGCCUUUUAGAGUUCAUGUUAGGUUCAUUUUGCAGUGCUGUCAUAGACCCUUAUUGUAGUAUUAUGUGUUUGGUUUUCAGUUUUGAUGAUUAUAGUAAAUCGUUGGGUACUUCUAAUGUAACAGUUUAUAAAAUAGUGGAUUGUAGUGCAUUACGGGAUUAAAAAUAUAUAUGAUAAGGUUUCUGUGGUCGUUCUAAAAGUACCUUGUUUAGUUUUGGGAGGUACACGGAUAAGUGCUUUUCUAAUCUUUCAUGAGUGUUUCAAUUAAUGUUGCUCAUAGAUGUUAUAUUAAAACGUGUUAUUUUAAGAUAAGUUGAUUGUGAAGGUUUGUCAAGUGGA